CGUGGCUAUAAAGGAAAGUGCCCUCGCCAAGUACCAAGUCCAGGCCUGCUGCAACUAGCCAAAACACCUGUGAAGCACAUAGCUACGCACUGGAAGGACGGUUGGGUAAAGAGCAGUCACAACCACGGCGCGAUCUUUACGAACUCUUACCACUACAGGACCAUUCGCAGAACCCUCCCGUAUUACUGCAAUGCCUUACAUCAUUUACAACAUUUACGGUAGCCCGCCGUGCGGAAUGGUCCGCAUGCUGGCAAAGCACAUCGGCGUGGACUUGGCGCUGAAGAAUAUGAAUACUUUUAAAGACGAGCACCGGACUCUUGAGUACCAAAAGAUAAAUCCGUUCCAAAAGCUUCCCACGCUUUCCGAUAAUGGCUUCAUUUUAUAUGAAAGUUUGGCCAUAUGCUACUAUCUGCUGCGGAAGGAGGCACCUGAUUCCGAACUUUACCCGACCUGUAUCAAGGCUCGUGCGCGCAUCGACCAAGCACUUGUCACGAUUGUUAGCACAAUACAGCCGCACUUUUUGAAAUUCAUGCGGCCACGCAUCUACGAAUUGAAGAUCCCCACAGACAAGGACGUGGAAGAGUUUGAGGAGAACGUUAUCAAGGGCUUCGAGCACGUGUUGGCAGGCGGCAACUACGCCCUGGGCGACAGGCUUAGCCUCGCUGACCUCUGCGUCAUGGCUUACCUUACCCGUAUCCUUGAGGUACCUUUCCUGGAUGCCGAGAAGUAUCCAAAACUGAAGUCCUACUACAGCCGCGUUAAGGCCGUGCUUCCAUACUUCGACGAGAUCAACCAGCCAGGGAUCACCAGCUUGAGAAACCGUUGGGCUCACCUGAUGUAGAUUCGUGGCGGCGCCAUUGAAGCGCCCAUAGCGAAAACGCACGCAGAGCCUCAAAAAGACCCCAGUCCUCGCCUCUGUGGAAGCGUUACAACUUAAGCUAGACGGUUUGGAUUCUUGUGGCUAAAGAGUGCUAAGAAAUAUGCAACUGGGGAAAAAUGACUAAGACAGGGCAUACAGUUUACAGAAAAUUUAUUUGGCACAUAUAUAUUUUAUAAUUAGGCAGAAAACACCUUUAUCUUGUAGCUGUUGUAUGCCAUGUUCUUAUUAGAUUCUGGUGCUAUCCUUCCUUCAUAUUUGUGCAAGCGACAAUGAAAUUUAUUCGAAAAAAAUCAGUGGCUUGUUUUGCCUGUUUUCCCCGUG